AUGCUUGAGGCGCUGCUGCGGGCGCAGCGGGCGCUGCGGGCCUUCGCGGCCGCGGUGACCCGCGAGGCCUUCCUCCUGGCCCUGGAGGCCGGGCAUACACCGAUGCCGAGCCGCGGCCAAGUGCUGGAGGCCGCCAAGCCGCUGGAGGCUGCUUUCCCAGUGUGCUGGCUGCGUUGGGCCCCGCGCCGCCUGGCAGAAGCAGCAGAUCUAGGCCAGCGAGGCGUGCCAGCGUCUGAGGCGCCAAAGCUGCGGCCGCCGACGCUGAAGCCCCUCGCGAACGGAGAUCCGAAGCCGGCAAGGCGCCGCAUGCCAACCAAGCAGGCCUUGAAGCUGAAGCCUUGA